AUGGCUGUUGGUGAUCUUAAUGUAAAUGCUUUGAACAGCUUCAUUGUUGCAAAUCCUGGGAAAUUGUUGGAUGUCUCAAUGGAUAGCCUGUGCGUCUUGAUAUUUGACUCUUUAAAUCAGUGCCAUCAUGAAACCGCCAAGAGAAUCCUUUGGUACUUUGUUCUAGAAGCAAACAACAAAAAACAAACAAAUCUUUCUGUGUCCAAUGUGGAGAACAUCACGCAAAUACAUGUACCUGUGCCUACUCAACCUAAUUCUAACGACUGUGGUCUGUACCUCAUCCACUUGGUCAAAAUGUUUGUCACAGAUCGAGCCAAGAUGAUGAAGUGGAUUUGUAAAGUCCAAGCACAAAUGCCGCUCUGCCUUUCAACACCUCAAAAGGAAGUCUCCAAGGCAGGAAGUGAAACCAAAAUGACCUCUCCACCCGAGGAUGGGGUCACUACUGAAGAAGCGUUGCAAAAGACGACUUGCAGCAAAGCUUCAGGUUGUCCUCCUGAAGAUCCUUCCGAUGCCCCCAUUCCCGAAAGUGAAGAAGAAGUAGAAGAAGGUGAUGGUCUGCAGGGGGACGAUUCCUUCAAGAAGGAAUCAACAUUGCCCCAGCAUCUGAAGGAUCAUAUUCAAACCCGCUCACCCGUAACCAAUCUGGAGUCCUCACCGGAACCCUCUGACCAUCCUGGAAAAGUACGCUGGUCCAGCCGCCUUGUAAAGCAGCCAAACCAUCAUGUGUCAAAAGGGAAGAAAAGGCAGAAACAAGGCUGA